CAGGAAGCUGUUAUGGAAAGCAGCAGUGUGUGAAGUACAAAAUGACUGAUCAAAAUAUGACAUUACAUCAUGGUUCCGUGAUGUAUUCUUAGCUGCCCGACAAAGCUCAUAAACAACCUGGUUAAAUGUCAUCAGAUAAUAGCCUGGAUUAUCAUCAUUUGGACAGCGUUAAAGAUGGACAAACAGAUUAUAAGGUAUUUCAGUGGGCGAGAACAGUGCCUAAACCAAAUGAGCUAACCCAGCGUUGUGUUUGAUCAGUUGCCAUCAUGUCCGACGUAAACGAUGUCAGUUUCCAACCUGAGGAGCGUGUCCGUGUCCUCACCAAAAUGGGAAGUUCGGUCGAGGUGAAUGAGGAUGUUCCACCUCGACGUUACUUCCGAUCUGGCAUGGAGAUGAUUCGGAUGGCAAAUAUCUAUGCAGAUGAAGGCAACACGGAGCACGCCUUCAUACUGUACAAUAAAUACAUAACGCUUUUCAUCGAGAAACUUCCCAAACACAAAGACUACAAAACAGCUAAUAUACCUGAGAAGAAGGAGACCAUGAGGAAAUUAAAAGAGAUCGCCUUCCCAAAAGCUGAGGAACUGAAGGAACUACUCCUAAAACAGUAUGAUAAAGACUAUGCAGAAUACCUCGUCAGAAAAAAAGCGGAGGAGGAAGCGCAUGCUCGGGAGCUGGCCCGCCAGCGGCAGCAGGAGGCCGAGCGCCAGCAGCAGGCCCAGGAGGAGCAGCAGCAGGCGGAGCUGGAGCAUCGCCGGCAGCGGGAGCAGGAGCAGCAGCUGGCCUUCGAGGAGAUGCGGCGCAGGCAGGAGCUGGAGAAGGAGCGCCAGCGCAUCCUGCACGAAUUUGGCCCGCCCGUCGUCGCCCCAACCGCGCCGUCACUGUUGAUGCACGACGAUGACAUCCAUGGACCUCCGAUGCCGCAGACGCCGGCCCAAGCUCUGAUUGCCAAUCCCACACCGCCGCAGAGCCCAGAGAGCACGCCCUACCACCAUACCAUUCCAGGGCAUCCCAACGCACCCAUGUUUGAUCGCUCUCUGAAGCCGGGAGUCAGUACAGGUCUGACUGUAGACGGCAUACGGCACCUGGCAGUCCCGUCCGAACUGUGCCACAAAUUCCUCAAGUUAGCAGAUGCCAACACGGCCCGCGCUGUAGAGACCUGUGGCAUUCUUUGUGGCAAACUGACCAAGAAUGCCUUCACAAUCACACAUGUGAUCGUGCCCAAGCAGUGUGGCGGUCCCGACUACUGUGACACGGAGAACGAGGAGGAGCUUUUCCUCAUCCAGGACCAGUACGACCUCAUCACCCUCGGCUGGAUCCAUACACACCCCACUCAAACAGCGUUUCUGUCCAGUGUGGAUCUGCACACACACUGCUCGUACCAGAUGAUGUUACCAGAGUCCAUUGCCAUCGUCUGCUCUCCUAAAUUUAACGAGACUGGCUAUUUCAGAAUGACAGACCAUGGCAUGACUGAGAUAUCUACCUGCAAACAAAAAGGAUUUCAUCCACACACCAAGGAGCCUCCUCUGUUUACGGAUAGCAGACAUGUGACCAUCACAGACAUCAAUGUGACGGUGCUGGACCUGCGGUGAUGUGAUGUGAUGUGAUGUGAUGCUUCCUCCUCCGUCUUCGCCAUCCUGCGUGCCUUCCUGCUCAGGGGUGAAUUUCUCAAAAGAGAAGUUGUUAGCCUGUUAGUAACUUCGGUAGUUGCCAAUGGGAAAAUGCAUUGAAAACAAUGAAGUAGCUAAUGUAGUAAGCAACUUCGGUUUUGAGAAAUGCACCCCAGAUGUGUCAUGGAAAACCUCAAGUUACCCAGUGGCCUGAUCUUCUUCUAUUUUGCUCAUAAAAGGACAGAAACGAUAAAAGACA